AUGAUCAUUCCCAACUCGCAGAAGAGUGAGUCCGGUGCUCCUAGUAGCUCGACCCGCAGCGAAACCCCGUUCGGGCCGAAUAUCGUCCCUCCCAGUCCUCCUCCGUACAGUCCGACUGCUUCCUCAAGUACCACCACUCACCAAGACGGGAUUCCAUCCAUCCGCCCAAACCUCCCUCCUCGAUGCAACUUCUUCAUCGACCGCAAGAUCUUUGGUGGUAUAAAGGGAACAUGGCACGUCGACACGGCUCUUCACAUCCCUGAACAACUACUCUUCCCCAUCAACCAAUUCGAUGGAUACUGGAACCGUGAGGCACAACGAAUUCGGAAAAUCCGGGGGGAAGAACUGAGAAUGCGUCGGGCGCAAACUCUCGGUUCGAAGACCGACCCGAGUGUUUCGUUGAUUGAUACGCGACCGAAUCUUAUGCUGUCUACGACGAAUGGAGCGAUUAGCGCUGAUGUGCAUGUUUUGUCGAGUGAUGGGAUGCAUGCCCCACCGGAGCAACCCCUACGUAUCUUCGCAAGCACCACAAACGGUUCGAUCGACAUAAAAAUCCCUGCAUCAUUCGAGGGCGCCCUGAUGAUGUCCACAACCUGGGGAUGUGUCAACAUAUCCGAGGCCAUCAAAGACAAACUCACAUUCUUCUCUUCAGCUUCCAACACUUGCCGGGGUUUCAUUGGCAACUGGCAAGCUCAAGAUUUCGAAACCACAUCGCAUUCCAAUGGUCGUAAUCCGUUCGCAACAUGGGCUGGCCCAAUGAUCGAGAUCGCUUCGACGAACGGAUCGGUUUCGUUGUCUUUUACCGAAGAAGGCGGGAUCUCUGCAUAUAUUGACAAGCUCACUAAAUCGAUCCAGGGAUUUGUCGAUGGUUGGUUUGAAGGAGGGAAACAUGAAAGCUCUCCUUCGUCUCAUCUUUCGGCCUCUCGCUCGUCGCAACCCGGUGUUAACCCUGUAAAACCAAAGAGUUAA